ACGCCGGGUUGUCAACAAGGAACUGCGACACAGUGUCUCUUAUGCACUCCGCAUCAAAGAUGCACCGUCUGGUCUAGCGCACAGCUCACACGUUGGCAGCGGGGGCAGUGCAGGCUACACGCCAGCUUCGUGUGUACUCCAGGAGCGGCGAACAUGGCUAUAAACAAACUCCUUGGUGUGGCGGUGCUCGCUGCAUCUAUAAUCGAUCUCGGCCAGUCCCAGGAAAAACUCGACUGUAACAUACAGAGCCUACGCGCUUGCGGCGAGGACUAUGUUCCUUACGGACAUGGGCCACACCUGGAGCACACGGGGUCACUGUUCACGAAGCAGUGCGAGACUUACAAGCAGCAGCUCGACUGCAGUAUGACCUACACGCGGGAGUGCGCACACGGCGUGACUAGGGCUGCGGUGCUUCUGGCCCUAGAAGCUUUCCAGGACAAUGUAGAUGCCAUCUGCAUCAACGGUUCGAAGCAGUACGAUGCCUACCAGAAUUUUGUUGGCUGCCUGAACUCCGUGGGGAGAAAAAUCAACGCCUGCUUCACAAUACUUCGAACGAACAUGCAGAAGGCUAUAGUGAAGGCACCGGCCAACGAUGUCGUCCACUACGCAUGUUGUUCGUAUGCUGACUUGAUCGACUGUCUGGACCCGGUAUUGACACCCUGCGAAGAGGAUGGUGGCAAGGAGUUCACAGUUAGCCUACUGGAACAGGUGUUCGGAGAGAUGUUGAGCCUCGUGUGCGGAAAUUACCAAAGGGGAUCGCAGUCCUGCAAGGCUCUGCCAAAGCUGCCGUCCCCUGGUCCAACAGAUCGCAAGAUUGAGGGCUAUCUUGAGCUGCUACUCGAGAUUGGGAAAACACUUACACGAAAGAACUAGCGAAGGUUUUACUCACAUCAGGAAUUUACCUGUAUUUUUAUUUUGAAGAACAGUGCUAGACACUGCGCCUUGAAGCUCUGUUCAACAAUAAAAUAAGUCAAUCGCCAGUGA